AGCGAGAACAGGCUGGAACCGGUAGGAUGAACGGUGACCCGGGGACGGAGGAGGAGCUUCUGCGCAGCGGGCCUGACAGCCAGGAUUUUACGUAACACGGAGGUUACCGGAGGGCGGUGAAAGCGACGCUGAGGGACAGUGAACUUCCGACAUGUUACCGAAACACGGCUGAAAACGUGGAAUGAUUCGCGGCCUUUUACUCUGAUAAAAAUAAAAGUCUUUUAGGCCUACGGCUAGACUGAGACCCGAGACGCUAAAGCAGGUUUAUAUCUGAGUCGGGAGGAGGCACCGGCCUCUGGAAGUGUUGCGCGUUAUACAAAAUACGGCGUUUGUUGUGCAUUGAUAAUGUGCUUAAAUAAGUUGCCAAUGUAAUCAGUCAGAGACGGUAUACUCUGUUGCCAGUAAGGCGUGAAGAUAGCUACGGCUUCCCUCACGACGCCAUCGGACUAAGAAACAACCAGAAGCGCAGACAGCCUGUGAACGUUUGGAAAGACAGUUACAGUAAAUAUACUGCAGACUCCGCGAACGUCGGCGGCGCGUCGGUCCCCAGUGUUGCCACGUGACACGAUGCUCGCCCCCCGGUGCGCUCACGUGGUCGGACCGUAGCCUGUGACCCUCCGAGAUAGGAACUCCGAGGGGGACUACAUGAUACACCGGAGUACGCCGGCUUUGCAGGACACCGAAGCCUCUUUCCUGGGCAACAUGGAGCUGAUGUUGGCCCACCCAGCGCUCAAAGCCUUCAUGUGCGGCUCCCUGAGCGGCACCUGCUCCACCCUGCUCUUCCAGCCACUGGACCUAGUGAAGACCCGGCUGCAGACCCUGCAGAACAACAUGCGCCCGGGCUCACCGAAGGUGGGGAUGGUGACGGUGUUUCUGAAUGUCAUUCGUACAGAGAAACCGCUGGGGCUAUGGAAGGGGGUCUCACCGUCGUUUGUGCGCUGCAUACCUGGAGUGGGCAUCUACUUCAGCGCCUUCUACUCCCUGAAGCAGCACUUCUUCCCGGAGCGCGCCCCUAGCGCGGGCGAAGCAGUGCUGCUGGGCGCCAGCUCCAGGUCCGUGGCGGGAGUCUGCAUGCUGCCCGUCACCGUCAUCAAGGCGCGCUUCGAGAGUGGCCAGUACAACUACACGAGUGUGUUUGGGGCCCUGCGCAAUGUGUGUGAGGCGGAGGGGCCCAGGGCCCUAUUUUCCGGUCUGACUGCCACCCUUCUCCGAGACGCCCCCUUCUCUGGCAUCUACGUCAUGUUCUACAGCCAAGCCAAGAAGUCUCUGCCCCAGGAGGUCAGCUCCUCGCCCUACGUGCCCCUGGUGAACUUCGGCUGCGGGGUGCUAGCGGGCAUCAUGGCCUCCCUGGUGACGCAGCCCGCGGAUGUGGUCAAGACGCACCUCCAAGUGAGUCCUCACCUGUACAAGAAGACCAGGGACGCUGUGUACUUCAUCUACACAGAGCAGGGGCUUGGUGGGUUUUUCCGGGGGGGCGUGCCCCGAUCCCUGAGAAGAACACUGAUGGCUGCCAUGGCCUGGACUGUGUAUGAACAGCUGAUGGCCAGGAUGGGUCUGAAAUCCUGAAGGAGAGAAGCCGCGUGGGCGUCUGGGCGCGUGGCGGGAAUUAAAGGGGUACCUGUAUGCAGUACAGUAACAAGCGAGCAGAAGUGUGUGCAUAUCCAAGGAAAUGUGGGGUGCUUCGUGAAAAAUAACAAUAAUAAUAAUAAUAAUAAUAAUAUUUCAUAAUUAAGAGAACAUCAAGAGGUGUGUGAUUGUGGAGAGCGGUAGGAGCAGAGGAGGUAUGUUUGUGUGCGCUUCCUUGUGACCAACUUCCUGUAAAGCUAUUUAACACGGCUGACAUUCCCAAAUUGAUACACAACCUCUGUUACGUGAGACUAGCAAAGCUGCUGACGCUCUGAAGUACUCAAGCUAAGGACUCAGCCAGCCCCUGUAAACGUAAGUGACCUACCUGCCAAAUAAUGUGUGUUUGGCAUGAGCGAGGCUUGAAGCUGCAGGAACUGCAACGCGAUGAGCCCCUGGACUGCCGGGUUAUGGCAGUUACACGGCGAUGGACGGACUGACUGAAGCGCAGACAAUCAGAGUCCACUGCUUUGUGCUGGACUGCAGUGAGGGGUGAUGGCACGAUACUCCUUAAAGUGAAGAAUCCCCCGUAAGAUCGGAAAUAGCAACAUGAAACUGGAUUCUGAACUGGUCUGUAGUGUAUUAUUGUUCUUUUAAUGGGUGUGACUGCAGUGUUAUGUUGCACUAUAGCUAAAGACGGAUUUAUUGUAGUUAGUCCCACUGACAUGAUGACGUCAUUCCUGUUUACGCGCCCUGCCUGCAUCCCUACCGGCUGUCAUUUCAUGCCAUGUAGCACUGUGCUAUGUGGUCUAAUGUGUCAUUUCCACAGGCUUUCCAUAGUACAUACCUGGAGUUCUGCUCUGGAAAUCCAUGCAGUUUGAAGUCACAAGAACAAGUGAUGAACAAAUCGUCUAGCAGGAAACUGUCUGCAAAUGCACUUUAAAAGCGAAUUUGCUGCAUUACAGCCAGUGACGGCUGAACUUCCACUGCAUGGGAGGCUGGGAAGUCGUGCUGACCUAGACUGUGCCCCAGAUGCAGUUCUGUGCGUUAGGACUGUAUGUUUGCCCAGUAACCUUAUUGAGAAGGUAUAAGGAUUUUUAUCAUCUUGGUAGGUGAGGUUUAUAGUUUUCUGUAUGUUUUUGCCUGCACAUCUUCCCUUGGAUAGGUGAUGUGCCUGUUUUAACUGAAUAAAAGACCCUUUUAUAAAA